AUGGCUUAUAAUGAUACAAUCAUUCGUCAAGCCUCUUCAUCGUUAGAGGGCUGUAAUGAACGACAAACAUCCUUCUUGAGAUGGUUUCAUGAAUCAGGAGGAUGGCUAAAUCCAAAAUGUCGCUUUGCCGAUUACGAAACGAUGGGAACUGGAAUGGUGGCAGGAGAAGCUAUUGAGAAUGAUGAAGUAUUGUUCUCUAUUCCUCGUCAUACACUUUUGAAUAUUCAGAAUAGCUCGCUGGGUGUUUUCUGCAAAGCAUAUGAUGGUCAACAGAAGAAUUCAAUCGUUGUCGAGUCCUCCGCAGCUCCAUCAACAAGUCUAAAAUGGGAUGAUGUCAAUGUCGGCUGGCAAGGACUGAUAAUGACAAUGAUGUGGGAGAACUUUCGAGCAACAGAAGAGGGAAGAGCUGCUUUUGAGGAAUUCUGUCAGACGAACAAGGAAUGGAUAGCUGCCUUCCCUGCAGAGGAACACGACACGCAGAAUGAGAAUGAGGUCGCAAUCGUUCGUGAAGCUCGAGCGAACAUGGAAUGGGGACCAUACUUGAAGAUUCUUCCACAAUCCUUCGAUACACCAAUGUUUUGGUCAGAUGCAGAAGUAGAAGAACUCAAAGGCACAAGUAUACCGAACAAGAUCGGCAAAGAAGAAGCAACAGCAGGCUUUGUUGAAAAAGUACGACCUUAUAUCGAAGAACAUGCAAGCAUUUUUCUCGGGACAUUGGCUGACAAACCAGGCGCACUAGACAAAUACUAUUCGUUGGAACACUUCCAUAUGAUGGGAAGCAGGAUAUUGAGCCGUUCUUUCCACGUCAAGAGUGGAUCAAAUAAGGACGAUAGAGGGAAUGGAGACAGAUCAGGCGAAGAUGAUGGAGAGAAUGGCGGAGGAGAUGAAUCAGAUGAUGAUUCGGACGAAGAAGGUGCCGAAGAGGAUGAAUCCAUUGACAACAUAUCGAUGGUACCCAUGGCUGAUAUGCUAAAUGCACGUUAUGAAUGCGAUAAUGCUCACUUGUUCUACAAAACAGAGACAUUGGAGAUGCAUGCUACCAAAAGAAUUGAAGCAGGACAACAAAUCUGGAACACGUACGGCGAGCCACCUUCAGGUGAUCUUUUGCGUCGUUAUGGAUACGUAGAUCUUGCGAAUCCAUGUGAUAUCGUCGAAUUGCCGAUGGAAUCGCUCAUUGCAGGUCGUUUAUUGCUUCCGAAUUCACCAUCGAAAGAAUCAUUACUUGCAAGGAUGGCUUGGGCCUGUUCGUUAGGAAUGGACGAGGUAUCACCUCUCACUUAUCCUUUCCCUCUUUCUCCUGAACCGCCUUAUCGACCUGACCAUCAAGGUCUCACUAAACGGGACUAUCGCGAAAUAGCAAUGGGAAUGCCUGAUGACCUCCUUGUUCUCGCCCGGGUGUUGUGUCUCACGGAAGAAAAUUACACAAAAGCAGCGUCAAAAGAUAGACUACCGAAUCCUAAAUUUGAUGCGGUUGAGCGAUAUGCAAAUGGUCAAGAAAUAGGCGUUACGCAAAUUCUACUCAAAGCACUUGAAGAACGCAAAAAGGAUUAUCCCACCUCAAUCGAAGAAGACGAACAACUACUUUAUCCUGCAUUAGGUCAAUCAAACAAUUUGAGCUUGAAUCGUAGAAACGCAAUAACGGUGCGUUUAAGUGAAAAGUAUAUCCUUGGCGAGACUGCAAAGAUGGUAGAAGCAGUUGCAGAAGCGGUCACAUUGAAACGUAGAUUAGAUUCACAAGCAAACGGCUCAAACGGACAAAACAAAAAGUCAAGAAAAGCAUAA